AUGACUGCGGAAGAACAGACUGGCUGCCCAGGGAAAGCCCCCAGGAGCAGCCCUGUCCUCCCCAGACUCCCCGCACCGAGCCACGGCGUCUCCCGGGCUGCAUCCCGCAGGGAGAUGUGGGGUGGGAGAGCCCGUCAUGGCGCGCCCCGCAGCGUGGCGGCCCCCGGGACGGCGUGGGCUGGGCUGGGGCGUUGCUCGGGGUGCUGUGUUGGGGGAUCCGGGCUCCUGACCGGGCGGUUCUCAUUGAAAGAUGUGGAGGCCUUGAAGAAGGCCUACGAGCUGAUCAAGGCGGCCAUCGAGGGCCAGUGCGCCCUGGACAGCUCGGAGAGCUUCAGCCCGGAGUUGGCGGUUCUGUGUGCGGAGCAGGCCCUGCAGAUGAAGUUCCCCGAGAUCACGGAGGACUGCGUGAAUCUGUACUUCAAGAGGAAGCCCCCCACCAGCCAGUUCAAGGGCCGAGCGUACCUGUGCCAGGCCCAGCUCUACGUGCCCGAGUCCAUGGAGCAGAUGGAGGUCUUUCAGAAGGCCGUGAACGAGUUUCUGAAAGUCAUCCACUUUGCCAGCGAAGAACCCCGGUACUACUUCCUGGUCUACAACGCUUCGGUCCUCUACUGGAAGAUGGCCAGGGCCUUCCUGAAGCCGGGCCACCGGCAGCACCUGAUCCCCAGCCUGCUGCAGAUCGUCAACGUGCUGGAGCAGAUCAACGAGGAGGACAAGGACUGGCAGGCCGAGCUCAUGCUGGCACGAGAAGAACUUGCUCCUUUGCCCAACGUCCCUGGCUGCCUCCAGCUCUCCGGCCUGGACCCAGGCGAGAUCAAGCCUCGGGCAGGAAGGGCCAAGCUGUCAGCGAGUGGGGAGGCGGCCUUCUCUGGCCCGACUUCCCAAGACUCCUCGCCAAAGGAAAAGAUGGUUGUCUGGCCCUCGGCAGGGCGCCGCCUGGACGUCACCCCCCGAACUCAGAGCAGCCGCAGACGCGGAAAUGGGGCAGGCGGCCUCAGUCCCCCUCGUGGCUCGCAGGACCCCGGGAAGAUGAUCGAGGUCGAGUGCCUGGAGUACGAGCUGGAGCUUCUGAAGAUGGACGACAAGAUCCUGGCCUACACCGUGAGCGCUGUGGAGGUCCAGCUGGCCGUGAUCAAGAGGCUGAACUUGGCCCUGCUCCGGGCCAACCGCUUGGGCGACCCCAACGUGAUCCAGGUGGUGUGUGCCACCCAGUGGAACGUCUGCCUGCCCCUGCUGCAGCACAACCUGCGCUCGAACCUGCUCAAGCCCCUGCUCGAGGUGGCCGAGAUCCUGGAGAAGAUCGACAGCCUGAUGAUUGUGAUGAGAUGCCAGAUUCACAUCGAGAUCGCCCAUAUCGAGGAGGACGAGGACAGGCUGAUGGUGGCCAUGGGCCACUUGCAGAAGGCCCGGCGCCUCGACUUCCUGGGGGGAUACCAAGACCUCAUCAACAUGGCGUACAACCGGCUGCGUCUGUGCGCCAUGCUGUACCAGGUUCCAAAGCGCAUGGAAGACAAGGCCAUCAUGGCGAUCGAGGAGGCCAAAAAGACAAGACCCAAAGACAGCAUAAGGAAGAAACGGGCUCUGCUCGUGAACGUGGGCCUCGCCUUGGCGCCUGACGCCUUUCAAAUUGUUCUGGAUGGAGAGAACGAGAACAAAGUCGCGAUGGGUAAGAGCAGAAGACACAUCAGCUUCCUCUGUGCCAAAGCCCGCCAUCACACCAUGAGCGUAGACAAGGCCGAGGGCCAUCUGAAGCGCCUCAACCGGGACAACCACGAGGAGCGGAUCUACAUUUGGGCCGACUUAGCCAAAGUGUCCCGGAAGCAGGGCGUGUGGGACGUGUGCCGGACGGCCUGCAGGUUCUGCCUCCUGUAUGAUGCCAUGUCCAAGAGGAUGGUCAAGGUCAAGAAAAGAGGGAUGCCAGGCCGACCCGUGCGCUCUGUGCUCCGUCUAGGCCCCGUUGGGAAGAAGAAGCGCCUCUGGGGGGCGUUGGAGAUCAACCUCGACACCCUGGGCCCAGAAUCGGGCCAAAAGCCCAUGUCGGUGGACGUCCUGCGCACGUUUGCUGAGGUUGGCUUCAUCAAUGCCGAGGCCAUCAUCCACUUCCUGCGGUCAGAGGGCAUCGAGCUGAAUAACCGGCCCAUCCCCCCCGAAGUCACAGUCCCACACCACCCUGGCAACGUGGUGCCCCCCGAGGAAGAUGCCGAGUGGCUCACCUACAGCUCCUGGAUUAUGAACUUGUCUCAGUACGCGAUGAAGAACUGGCUGCGCUCAGCCGAGAUCGGGCAGGAGAUCAACGAAGCCUGGCUGGUGCACAACACGGUCGUCUACGUCCUCAACCACAACCAUCACCUGAUCUUGGCCGGCCGGCAGAAGGAGCUGGUGGAGCUGCUGCAGGGCCUGCUGGGCAUCAUGAAGGUCACGGGUCACAACGGGGACACCAUCACGCUGGUGUUGCUGUGCAAUGCCCUGGCCCGGGGGCUCAUCCUGGGGCUGAUCCCCUCCCAUACGUCGGAAAAGGGCCGCAAGUUUCUGAAGUCGAACCAGCUGCACUUGUCCCCAGUGGAGGGUUUUGUGGCUUCCGAUGUCAGACUGGCCAUCGAGGUUUGUGACUAUGGUCUCACUCUGACAAAUGGGAAUCUGCCUCAUGAGAUAGUGCCCAUCAGCACCCGGCAGCAACUCAUCGCCACCUGGGUGAAAGCCAAGCAGCUGCUGCAGCAGCAAAUCGGCAGCAAACUGGGCACGGACGAUGAGUACAUCAAUGAAAGCCAGACGCGGAUGACUAAGGUCCUCGUGGCCCUGGAGAUGUACUCGUGCAAUGGGCUGGGCCUCAUGGACUUCAACCUUCCCUCCCUGAAUCAGGUGGUGAGGUUGGCCUCCGAGUGCAAGUGGACAGACCCCCACGUGGAAAUCCAGAGCAUGGUCCGACUGGCCCAUUUUGCUUAUGGGUUACGCGAACAUGAAAUUGUGAUGUCCUUGGCCAAAAAAGCCUUGAGCAAGAUUGCGAGACACAGCGAGGACGUAGGACCAAACGAAAAAUUAUUCCGAGCAGAAUUGCUGAGUUCCUUGCUGUGUAUCCAGGGGAAAAGCAUCAUGGAGAACUUGGCAGGAAGGAAGCACUUACGCCAGCAGGCCGCCAAGGCCUUUCUGGACAGCAUCAGGUAUGGAGGCUUGGCAGGGAACCACACGCUGGUGAUGCAGUCAGCCCGCCAUUACUGGAACACUUGCUUCCCGUUCUUCAGCUCCGCCUUCUGUCGGAAGAGGCUGAAAACGUCCAUCCAGCAGAUCCUCAAAAUCAUCAAUAAGACCAAAACCCAAAAGAAGUGUGAAGAAAUGUCCUUCAUUCUCCAUCAGUGGCCCAGCAUGGACCUUCAGCACAGUGGAAGCACCAACACCCGCUUCCUUCCAGGCAGCGAGGACGACACCAGCCUGAAGACGGCCCUGUACGGGCUCCUCUUCCACAUGUACGCCGACCAGAAUGACCUGCAGGGAGGCCUCCGGGUUCUGGAGCAAGCGGUUCAGAUCUUGCCCCGCGCCUCUCACCGCCUCCUGCUCUUCAAGCACAUCGUGAUAGUCAAGGCCAAACUCGGCCAGAACUUCUCGAUGGAGAUCCAGAAGUUUAAGGACACGAGCGAAGACUACCUGUCCCAGAUGUGGCAUCGCCUGGCUUCCAACUCCAAGGACCCCCUUGGAAGCCUGAACUGCUACUACAACGCCAUCCAGGCCCUGCAGAAACCAGAGAACACGUGGCAGAAGAUCUCUUACCUGCUGGAGUUCUCCGAGUGGCUCUAUUGCAAUCAGUUUCCCAUCAACAACGUCUUCUUCCACCUGAAUUUGGCUAUCGAGCUUCUCGUCUGCAUGAAGUCGGACCACACCCGCACGGAGGAUGUGGACGUCUCCCCCAUCCCAGUGGAGGACCCCGGCGAGGACUCCCCCGAGUCAGAAAAGCUCUCUGAAGCGGCGUUUGAUCAACCCGGGGUUUACUUUGGUUUUGUAGAGAAAAUGUCCGUAAGCCAAGAGGAACUUGUGGAAGAGACUUCCAAGGUACCUGCGAAGCUGACCUUUGAGUCCCUAAACAAUGUGAGGAAGCUGGACGUGCUGACCCAGGCCUACACGCUCCUGGCCAUAAUGUCAGGAAAUGUGCCUUCUCAGUAUGAGAAUUCCUUGAUGGCCUACAGGUGUGUCCUGCGCAUUUGGGAGGUCUCCCUGGCAACAGUGGGGCAUAUACUGAGAGCCUUCGAUGCCAGCCCAGAAAAAGAUAAGAGUAAGGAUAAAGGCAAAGAGGAAGAGAAGGAUAAAGGCAAAGAGGAGGAGAAGGAUAAAGAGGAGGAGAAGGAGAAAGGCAAGGAGGAGAAGGAGAAAGGCAAGGAAGACAAGAAGGAGAAAGGCAAGGAGGCAAGAAAGGAGAAAGGCAAGGAGGAGAAGAAGGAGAAAGGCAAGGAGGCAAGAAAGGAGAAAGGCAAAGAGAAGAAGGAGAAAGGCAAGGAGGAGAAGGAGAAAGGCAAGGACAAGGAUAAAGAUAAAGACAAGCUAAAGGAUAAAGGGCCGAUGCAGUCAAUAAUGGCCAGUAAGCCAUUGGAUGCUUUGCCAUCCAGCGUGGAGGAGUGGGCAUUCUUCCAGUGCCCCAAAGACCUGACCGUACUCUUCGCCCAAAAUGCCAGUAACUCUACCAUCAAUAUCAACACCAUUCUGAAACCUAACUUCAGCCUGUACUACCUGGACCAGUUGGUGAAGACUCUGCACUCACUUCACCUCAUCCACCUCACACUUCCUGUCCUCCAGUUGGCUGUGGUGAUUUGUGACCUAAUUUUAGAAAGUAAAACGGUCUCUGACCUCUACCAUCUCAGGCUGGCUGAGGUCUGCACGGAGAUACGAUUAUGUGAGGCUGCAGCCUUCCACGAAGCCUUUGUGGGAGGGAUCUACAUCAAUGAGCUGGAGCAAGCCAGAAAUGAAGUCAGGUCGAGGAAGGAGAAGAGGAGCGAGUUCCUGAAAGAAGUGGCCACCGAAAACCAGGGCCUCACGUACAGGGAGGGCCAGAGCGCGCCUAUGAUCUUGGAGGCCAGGGACAAGGUCCUGGAGAUCAACGAGCAGCCGCAGAAGGGCAUCCAAGGGGUCUCCUUUCCGUACCUGUGGAUGUACAAGGCUGAGGUGCUGCUCCAGAUGAACGCUUAUCAGCCCGCGUGGCUCCUGCUGGCAGAGGCCGAGAUCGCCCUUCGCGAACUCGGGGAUGGCUGCGGAGAGGCAAAGUGCCUCCUCCUCCUUGCCGAGCUGGCGAAGAAGGAGCUGAAAUACUCCCAGGCCAAGAAGCUCAUCGAGAAGGCCCAUUCCCUGGGCGGAAAUGAGGAAUUCUGGUACAGCUCCACAGUCAUGCUGAUCAAGACCCUCCUGGCCCAGGAAAAAGGCAAAGGCACCCUGAUCCCCAACAUCAUCCAGAAGACCACCAGCGUCUUCCAGACUCUGGCCCAGGAGAGGCCCAACAGGCGCUCGUUCCUGACGUUCCUGGGCACGUCUCUGGAAGCUUGGCUGGUGCCAGUCGCCGCGGCAUCCAAGCCUAAAUUCAACACUGCCCAACCUCGGCGGGGAGCCUCUCAUCCCACAUUGAUACGCGAAAUGACUCUGGACCAAAGCUAUGGAAGGGGUGCACAAAUUCAGCUGAACUUUGUCCUGGACUCAGCUGGAGAUUCAAAUAUUUUGGAUUUUUCAUACCUGCUUGACGCCAUCUAUCAGAGGCUGAAAACAAUUGAGAAAAGUUUUUUUGAUAAUGGCUAUAAAUACCAUUGUGUGGAUGUCAUUCUCCUAUCUGUCAAGAUCAAGAGGAUAUUUGCCAAAAAUGAGGCUGAUGAGAAACAGAAGGCCUCCUGCUUUUUAGAAGCCUAUACCUUGAUCCGGAAAGCCAUCAGAUAUCUGGAAGAAAUAUUUGCUGACAUUCAAUCCCUUCUGCCCCUCCAGGAGACCCAGAACAUCAACACCCCCCUGAUGAGGAAGCUUGCCAGGCUCAAGUUAAAACUGGCCAAAGUCUCCCUGGAGAUAAUGCAUUUUAAUCAGAGUAAAUGUCUGCAGGAAAAUCUGAAAGAAGGGACGUGGGAGAAAGUCCUGGCCGACUACUUGUUGGAUCCCGAUGACUUCACUGACCUGGAAAGGGACUGGUUCAACCUGAAGCGGACGGUGGUCCACAGGGCUCUGGCCCAGCUCGAGAGCAUGCAGCACCUGAGCGUUGGCUGCAUUGAUCUUCGAGCCAGGUUCUUGCACCUCACGGGGAAAACCCUCCAUCUCCUGGCUAUUCAGACGGACCCCGUUAAUAAGCCUUGUUACUGGGACGAGAACUUCCUGACCGACCACAAAAUCGUGGGCCCGGCAUCUGCGGACACAGACAAAGAGGAAACUGAGGCCGUCGCUCAAGCCUCUUCCCAAAGCGAGGACCAAGUCCGGAAAGGCAAAGAAUUAAAGAAGAGGUUCACGAUGGCCCAGAAGUUCCGCGCCCAGGCGUCCGAGGUUCUCCUUCAGUGCCUACAAGUCUCUCUCAGCAACAACUUGAUGAAAACGGCAGCCAAAGCCAGCCUGGAGGUGGUGGAGAGCAUCGGGGCCAUGGACCAACCUUUGGCCUGCCAGUUCAUGGCCCUUUACCAGAGCUGCUCCGCAUCCGUGUCCAUGAGGAAGCUCCUGUACUCUGUCACGACCAACACGUGCAGCUCCCAGCUGGCGUCCCUGAUUCAACUUCACCAGAAGCUGCAGGAAGAAGACAAGAUGGACACCACCCUCUUCAACAGCGUGGAGCAGAGCCUCAUGAAGAUGUCUAAGGUCUGGCAGAACCUCAACGUUUCUGAUCAGCAUUUCAAUAUCCUGAGUGACCUCCCUCUGAGCUAUCGGAUCCUCAUCCUCCAGCACUCAGACGACAGGUCAAUCCUGUACGGCAUGAUCUACGAGAAGCCCAAGUUCGCCCCUGGACCCAAGGGGAAAAUGGUUCAGAUCAGCAUCUCUGAGAACAGUUGGACUCUGGGAAUGUACCUGCACCAAGGCCAUAUCCCAGUGGGGCAUCCAGGCUACCCACGGGUUGGACUUGACACCCAGACUCACUGUCCCAAGGUCAUGGCCAUCUCCUACCCCCAGAACAAAAGAACCAGCCAAGAGAAGGAGCCAAGAAGUGUCUUCCAGGAGCUGUACAUGGAAGGGGGAUCUCUUGGGGAGACUCCAUCCCUCUUUUCUUCCAGAGACAUGAGAGAGCCAAGUAGCACAUCCCAGAGCUGCCUCUCUGUGCCAGGGUUCCAAGGGCCAGGUGGCUAUCGUGUCAGAGAUGCUCAGAGCAGGCGUGCACAGGCUGGAUCCAUUGGCCCAUUCGCAGUGGGCAACAAAGCAAACACACCUAACUUAUUCACUGUGGCCUCCAACAGCCAAAAUCAAGGGGAUCUGGGCUACCCCCUGGCACUGACCAUCCCUGGCAGAGUGGCCAACCUGCACCUGUUCCCUCAACCAGCUCGGGACAUACACAAGAGCUUCGACCAGCUCCAAGCACUGGCCUCUGGGAUGGGCUGCAGCCCUGGGCAGAAGGGACCACCAGGACCUCUUCGAGGGCCCAAGUUGGUUCUGUCCCCCUUCCUGAAUGACCCUUGUGCUCAGGUGUGGGACGGAUCCCGGAGCCUCGCUGAAGUCGGGGGAUUCAUGGAGAAAGAGGAGCUACUUCAGGACCACGAUGGAAUGUCCACCCAGGAGGGUUUGCAGCACGUGAACUUGGCCAGAAGCCUCAGGUUUAGCACUGAGGUUCUCCUGGGAGCUCAGGGGCCAUCGGACCAGCCGUGA